CUACCUUAAACAACUGAAAUUAAAACUCACUCUUUUUUAUUUAGGGUCUAAACAUCUAUUAAGCCCAUGAUUUUUUCAAAAUCCGUAAAUUUCGAGUUUUGCGAAGCAAUUGGCUCCUUCAACUCACAAAAAAAUCAACCAGUCAUAAUAACGAUAUACAGUUGAAUUUAAUAAAAUCCUGAAAGUUUAAAUUUAAAAUCUCAAAACUAAAUCUAACCGAUGCCUCAGGAUGAUUGAAGUCACAUAACAUUUUUUGAGCGUCGAUGGAUUCUUGCCCACGGUGGCACCGCAGAACGAAUUCGUUAUAACGCGGGAACUACGAAAAUUCGCAACCAUAUCCUCCCCUCCCAUCAAAAAAUAGCAGGACGUACUUCGGCGAUCUAGUGAUAUCCGCAUCCUCGCUUCAUCUAUCCUUCUCUCCUGUACUUGAACCAGACCAGUUCUUUCAAUAUAAUGUACUGCUUUCCCGCUCUCCUUGUCCCUCUACCUUCUUUCAUCACCUACACUGUCCGUUCUCCUUUCUCCUGUUCCUUACUGCACAGUACUAUGUUAAUACACGUCACGUUGCAAUUCCACCACUCGAACAUUUUCGGUGAAUUUCGGCUCUCACUACCACAAACAUACAGCGUCUUGUAAACGUCUUGUAAACGCUUUACUAACACAUCUCCGACUUCCGAGUCGUUCGCUCUCGUCCAGAAGUUGUUUGACGGGUUUUGAUUUUUUAAUAUAGAGAGAUUAGGCAGUAACAAUGACGGAAAUUAAGAAUCUCUCUAAUCCGAAUUUCACGUUUUCAAACUAUUCUGGAGCUUCCCGAGCGUGAUUCUCAAUUUCUUCAGAGUUUUGAAACUGCUCCAGAAAGCGUAGAAAUUAGGUAAUUUGGGAACUUGAAAAUCGAGUUGUCGCUUGCACUCAACCUAUUUAACGAGUUUAGUAACAUUUUGGGCCGAUUUCCAGGCGGACACUUCAACGUGCAUUUUCACAAGAAAAAAAGUAAAAAAAUAAAAAUUUCCAGUUCGCAAGAAAAUUUUUGCCCCCUCUCUCAAUCCGAGAUCUACCAUUUGGAGCCAUUUUGAAGCCUCCAGAACAACUCGAUUUUUAGCGGCUCAUACGAUUUUCUGGCGAACGCUCAAAGUGCAUUUUUUUAAACAGAAUUUUUACUAGGAAAAAAAUGUAGAGAAAUGAAAAUUUCCUAUUCACGAGGAAAUUUUUGGAAUGCGCUAGAACCGCUAUUUUUAGACUAAAACCAAUCCUCUGAAUCCGAAUUUCAUAGUUUCUGGAGGUCCAAAAAUCGAGCAAGAGACUUCAGAAUCUUCUGGAGAAAUUUUAAAAUUUUGCAAAAAUCAGCUAGGUACUGAAUUUCAUUAUUGUUGUUUCUGUAGAAAUUCCAAAAAUCUGCUGAAGGCUCCAAAAUGCAUAGAACUAGACUACCACUAAUUUAGAACCCCUCCCCUCAAAAAAAACGAUUUGAACGGUUGAAAAUAGCCUCAUCCCCCAAUCCCCAUAAUUGAUCAAAUUUUCGAUUUUUCGUGAAAAAGUAGCCAAAUUUAAAUUUUUGAAAAUUCCUCAAAAAUUGGAAACUACUUUGACAAAGCAUAGUUCAAUAUUUCAUUCGGGUAAUUUUAAUUCGGGAAAUCGGAUUCUGGGAAAUAAGACUCGGAGGAAUAACCAUUCGGGAACAUGUCCGGUCGGGAUAAUGGAUUCGGGGAAUUAUAUCAGAAUCACGAAAACUGUUAAAAACCGCGUCUGAUCGAUUCGGCGGAUCGAAAAUGGCUAUGUUCAAAUUUUUAACUCUCUAGGUGAAUUUGGUGAAAAUUUGUUCUUUAUUUUCUAAGCUUUUUCAUGGUUUAUAGUUUUCUGUGCGACAGUAAAUAGGUACUGUAUAGGUAAAUAUUCGAUAGAAAAUGUUAUCAGUUCCUGUAUUCUAAAUUUACUCACUUUAGAUAACGGCCAGAAAAAUAAAUUUUUAACAUUUUGACACUCGUCAAAUUACAGUUGCGAACACCUAACGUGUUAAUGAAAACCAUAAGUUAACAGUAUUUUUUUUUAGCGUAACAGGCACCUAUUCAAGUUACUUACGUGUGCAUCAAUGUUCGCAGGAAUAGCAUCCUAUUCAGUUAUUCUAAAAAUUUGUAUUUUAGUAUUAUACUUUUUCACCUAUACGGAAGCCACCGAAGGUAUCUGCUCAUCUACUCAUGUACAUACCUACAAUUCUCACCAUAAAAUUAAAAUUUAUUAUGGUCACUUUUCUUACAGCAACCUGCUUAAAGCCAGAUAAUCAGCAUGCUACACCAUCUCCCAUCAACAUUGAAAGUUCAAAAGUGAAAUCAGCCAGUACCACAACCCCGGUAACUUUGCACAAUGCACUAUUCGGUUUUUUGAACUUCACCAAUAAUGGAAAAACACUCAUCACCUACACCAAUCAACUCCUGGAUCCAUCGAGCAUUACAGGAAGUGUAUUAUGUAACGAAAUAACGCUACUGUAUAAAAUCCAUACAAUAAUCCUUUACAUCAAUCAAAAUCCAAAUGGACGCAGUGCCCACUCUGUCGAUGGCAAGGGAUUACCCCUUGAAUUAUGGGUUAUAUACUACAAGAAAUCAUACGGAUCUUUGGAGAAAGCUUUGAAAUUUCCUGACGGUAUAAUCGUACUAGCAUUUCCAGUUGGAGUAAGGAAAACACCCAGAACAAAAUUUAUUCCAUUUCAAGUAUUCUUAUCGAGUGGAAUUUUGAACAAACCAAGAUCAUCGAGUGAACUAUUUGGUUUGAUUGGAUACGUGUGGUUUGAUAAUAUCUCAAUAUUUGGCGAAAGUAGAUAUUACAGUUACAUAGGAUCUUACUUGGAUCCAGAAACAAAAAAACAGUCACAAAGUGCCAAAGUAAUUUUAUGUGAUCCUGAGCAAGCUCCCAUGCUGUCUUAUGAGCAAUUUGCACUGUUCAAGAAUAUUCUCGGAUCGGAUGGCAAACCAAUAAAUUUUACACUGCCCAUUUACCCACAAAAAUCAAGAACGGUUUACAAAGGCAUUGGCUUGCAACAGAAAUUUAUUCCAAUUGUUUAAAUAUUUUGAUACAUGCUUGUACCAUCAAUGAUUUUGCAUGGAAAUGCUUCUACAGAUAGGCACUCUUUAACCCUUUCGAGGUCGAGGAGGUUCCGGGGUACGCAAAUUAUAAAUCUGGUGAUUUUGUCAAAAGACAUGUCUCCAAAGUUACAAAACAGAAAAAAAAUUAUCAAAAAAUGAAAAAUUCCAAUCGCAAAAGAGGAAAUUUGAAAAAACAAUUUUGCUCAUAUUCGAUUAGAGAAAUGAGCGAUGGAAUGAAAAAAACAGUGUAAAUUAUUAAGUUACAGAAACUGAAAAUAAAAACCAACAGACGCAUUAAAAAUAUGAACAUAAUAAAUUUUAAGGAAGGAAAAUAAAUUAAAAAUUGAAAAAAAGGUCAAGCCGCAUUUCCUAAAGUUACCAAUAUCCAAAGGACCAGAAAUCACAGUCUGGUGAAAAAUGAAUAUUAGAAAUAAGAAUUUAUGUCACCAAGAGAGCUUUUUUCAUGAAGUUGAAAAAUCGCAUCGCAUAUCCAACACUAAGGAAAAAUUGAAAUUUUAAUUGACAAAUCAAACAAUCCUGAAAAUUGACUCAAUCUGAUGCUUUCUGAGUCCAAUGGUUUCCAUUUCAAAACAUUUUAUCUGUUGGUUUUGGGAUAGAACAUAGAAAAGUGCAUCAGAAAAUUAUCAGACAGGUAGUGGAAAAAGGAAACCUGUAGUCGCAAAUAGACAGUUUUUAUUCUAUACUGGAGACAAAACUGUUUUUAUCAGGCUCAGAGUAGGGUUUGCGAUGCGGGUUUCAUUUCAAAAAACGUUAUCUGGUCAUUUUGAGAUAAAACAUAAAAAAAUGCGUUGGAAAAUCACCAGACAGCGUGUGCAAAAAGGUAACUUGUGGUCAUAAAUAGACAGUUUUUAUUCUGCAGAUCUGCACAGAUGAGUUUUCUAUUUGGAUUAGGUGUAAAUUCUCAAAAAAUCCUAAAAGGAGUCUUUCCAUUUCAAAAAGUUUUAUCUGGUGGUUUUUGGAUAAAACAUGAAAAAUUGGAUCGAAAUAUCACUAGAUAGGGUGUGCAAAAAGGGAACCUGUAGUCGCAAAUAGACAGUUUUUAUUGUACACUGACGACAUUACCAUUUUGAUAAGGUUCAGAUUUGCAGAAAAUGUCAAAGAGUAGGGUUUGCGAUGUGGGUUUCAUUUUUAAAAAUUCCAUCGGGUGGUUUUGGGAUGAAACAUGAAAAAAUGCACUGAAAAAUCACCAGAUAGGGUGUCGAAUAUUGACAGGUUAUAUUCCACUAGAUGAGUUUUCUAUUUGGCCAAGUCGAAAAUCUCGAACUGCUACUUGCUGACAUUCGCGAUGCGGUUUCAAUUUCAAUGAGUUUUAUUUGAUUAUUUUGCGAUGCAACAUGACGAAAUGCAUCAAAAAAUCACCAGACAGGGUGUGCAAAAGAGAAACUAGUAUUCGGAUAUAGGCAGUUUUUAUUCCACAUUGAUGAGGUUUUUAUUUGGCUAAGUUGAAAAUCUCAUAAAAUGCUACUGACACAGAUUUGCGAUGCGGUUUCCAAUUUAGUAAUUUUUAUCUGAUGGUUUUGAGAUGCAAUAUGACAAAAUGGGUUAGAAAAUCACCAGAUGGGGUGUGCAUAACUCAAACUGUAGUCAGACACCGACGAUUUGUAAAUUGAUUACGUUUCUUGUAGUAGAUGUUUUUAUGGAUUUACUGUGUUGAUUUGCGACUGGUUUAUGCGUUCUAUUGGGUGUCUGAAAAUCGUAUUCGAACAACUGCAAGAUGUUGAACUCAGAAAGCAUCAGAUUGAGUCAAUUUUCAGGAUUGUUUGAUUUUUCAAUUAAAAUUUCAAUUUUUCCUUAGUGUUGGAUAUGCGAUGCGAUUUUUCAACUUCAUGAAAAAAGCUCUCUUGGUGACAUAAAUUCUUAUUUCUAAUAUUCAUUUUUCACCAGACUGUGAUUUCUGGUCCUUUGGAUAUUGGUAACUUUAGGAAAUGCGGCUUGACCUUUUUUUCAAUUUUUAAUUUAUUUUCCUUCCUUAAAAUUUAUUAUGUUCAUAUUUUUAAUGCGUCUGUUGGUUUUUAUUUUCAGUUUCUGUAACUUAAUAAUUUACACUGUUUUUUUCAUUCCAUCGCUCAUUUCUCUAAUCGAAUAUGAGCAAAAUUGUUUUUUCAAAUUUCCUCUUUUGCGAUUGGAAUUUUUCAUUUUUUGAUAAUUUUUUUCUGUUUUGUAACUUUGGAGACAUGUCUUUUGACAAAAUCACCAGAUUUAUAAUUUGCGUACCCCGGAACCUCCUCGACCUCGAAAGGGUUAAUGGAAGUGUAAAUUAUAUAGUUACACUUGGUCAAAAGUUUUUACUUGUUUGUGUAGGUAGCUGUUUCUCUUACUUAAAAUUGAAAACGCCUAGUCAUAUAAUUUGGUCAUAUGUACUUACCUAAUAGGCAGCUAGCGUGUAACUUUAUCAAAAGAUGCCUAGACCUAAACCAUAUAUGUACAGUGAUUAGAUUCUUAGAAACACCUUGCUAUAACUUCAGGUAAAAAAGCAAAAAUAAAAAAAUUUUCAACUUUGGAUACCUACACUUGUAUACUUACUUGUAAGUCAGCGAAAAAUAUCAAUACGUAAGACAUAUAAGUACCUAACCUACGUGUCUUUACAUACGGUAUGAUAGAUAACAACUGACAACUGGCAGCAUAACAUGAUUCAUCAAAAUGUUACACCCAAUUGAAACAAUACUGGAGUUUGGCGUAGGAUUAGGAAUACUUAAAACAAACUAUGAUAAUCGAAGUAAAAGUACGCAAAUCUAUCUUAAUUUAUACAGGGUGUCCGAAAAGUGCAUGAUCAAAUCAAGAAUUUGGAUAUGUAUAACUUAUGUGUGCCAUUGAAAUCAAAAAAAAAAAAUUAAU